GUGCGGACCACUGUACUAAGCGCUCGGGAAGGCCAAGUUGGCAACCUAGAGAGACGGUCCCUCCCCAACAGGCCUGCCUGCCGGGCACCCUGGACCGCCCGGCCCAGAGAAGCUGCGGCCUCCUCCUCUUCUUCGUCUGCUGCCUGCCUGCACGAGGCGCCUUUCUACUGUGCUUGGCUGGUAAAUCUGGCUGCUUCAGUCACCACGCGUGUAAAACGGAUCUCAUACUGUCAUGGCAGACGAAGACCUUAUUUUCCCCCUGGAGGGCAUCGACAAUGGAAGAUCACUCCAUUCCGGCCCUGAAUGCUAUGCUGAUGGAGACAGUGAUGAGGACGAUAAUUUCUAUAUCUGCCCCAUUACAGAUGACCCAAUAUCGAACAAGAUUGCUAUCUCUAAAGUCUCUAACUACUAUAGCAACCUAGCCAAAAAUGAGCAGUAUGGAUCCAGUUCUUCCCCAGGAAAUUCAUUCCAUUUUAAGGAAGCCUGGAAACAUGCUAUAGAGAAAGCUAAACAUAUGCCUGAUCCCUGGGCUGAAUUUCAUCUUGAGGACAUUGAAACAGAGUGUGCUACUCGUCACAGGUACAAUGCAGUCACUGGAGAAUGGGUUGAAGAUGAGGUCCUCAUCAAAAUGGCAUCUAAGCCCUUUGGCCGUGGAGCGAUGCGGGAGUGCUUCAGGACGAAAAAACUGUCUAACUUCCUACAUACCCAGCACUGGAAAGGGGCCUCCAACUAUGUGGCCAAGCACUACAUUGAACCCGUGGAUAGGGAAGUGUACUUCGAAGACGUGCGUCUCCAGAUGGAAGCCAAGCUGUGGGGAGAAGAAUUUAACCGACACAAACCACCCAAGCAGGUUGAUAUUAUGCAGAUGUGCAUCAUUGAACUGAAGGGCAGAGCCAGCCAGCCCCUGUUUCACCUGGAACAUUACAUAGAAGGCAAAUACAUCAAAUACAACUCCAACUCAGGAUUCGUUCGGGACGACAACAUCCGCUUGACCCCACAGGCUUUUAGCCACUUCACAUUUGAGCGCUCAGGUCACCAGCUGAUUGUGGUAGAUAUUCAAGGCGUGGGAGACCUGUACACAGACCCUCAGAUUCACACAGAGAUGGGCACAGACUUUGGAGAUGGCAACCUAGGAGUGAGAGGCAUGGCCCUGUUCUUCCAUUCCCACGCCUGCAACAAGAUCUGCAAGAGCAUGAACCUCACCCCGUUUGACCUCUCUCCUAAGGAAAAGGAUGCUGUGAACCAGAACACCAAGUUGCUGCAGCUGGCUCAGACAGUUGUGCGGGGCACGGAGGAGAAGUGUGGCAGCCCGCGGGUGAGGACGUUCUCUGGAAGUCGGCCCCCUCUGCUUUUCCGCCUCUCGGAGAAUUCAGGAGACGAGAAUAUGAGUGAUGUAGCGUUCGACUCCCUUCCCUCCUCGCCGUCCUCAGCAACACCACAUAGCCACAGGCUCGACCACCUUCAUUGGCCGGUGUUUAAUGACCAUGAUAACGCAGACAACCAUAGGGAUUCUGAAAACAGUGGGGACAGCGGAUACCCCAGCGAGAAGAGGAGUGAGCUGGAGGAUCUUGAUCACCGAGACAAGGGCCAUUCAAACGGCAACCGGAGGCAGUAUGAAUCUGACGAAGACAGUUUGGGAAGCUUUGGAAGGGUCAGUGUGGAUAAGUGGAAUCUCUACAACGCAUCCAGGCUCCACUUCCAGAGGCCAUCCUGUGUUGCUGGGGAAGUGCAGAGACUUAACGCUCUGGACCUUGAAAAGAAAAUUGGAAAGUCCAUUUUGGGGAAGGUUCACCUGGCCAUGGUGCGAUACCACGAGGGAGGGCGAUUCUGUGAGAAAGAUCAGAAAUGGGACCAGGAAUCGGCCAUCUUUCAUCUCGAGCACGCUGCAGAUCUGGGGGAACUGGAGGCCAUCGUGGGCCUUGGGCUCAUGUACUCCCAGCUGCCACACCACAUCCUCCCUGACAUCUCCGUGGAGGAAACUGAUGAGAACAAGAUAAAGGGGUUUGAUUACCUACUAACGGCAGCAGAAGCCGGAGACAGGCACUCCAUGAUUCUUGUGGCGCGAGCCUACGAUACAGGCCUGAACCUGGUCUCUGACAGAGAGCGGGACUGGAAGGAGGCUCUUCACUGGUACAACUCGGCCCUGCACAUGAUGGAUUAUGAUGAAGGGGGCGAGUACGAUGGGGUGCACGAUGAGCCCCGAUACCUGCUUCUGGCAAGAGAGGCUGCGAUGCUGAUGAGUGGAGGAUUCCACCUGGAGAAGGACCCACAGAGAUCAGGUGAUCUGUACACAGAGGCAGCAGCAGCAGCAAUGGAAUCCAUGAAAGGUCGGUUGGCAAAUGAAUACUACCAGAAAGCUGAGGAGGCGUGGGCAAUGAUGGAAGAAUGAAACCUUUAAGAAGCCAUGACAGUUCUUGUGUGUAUAUCGAAAACAAAGUUUGUGAGGAGAAGAGACUUGGAGUUGCAACCUCUCCCCCCAGUAUUUUUAGCAUGUUGAAAGCUGUUUUUUGUAUUUCAUAUUUUGUUUUAAAAUUUUUAAUUUACUGCCAGAGAAAGAACACAGCCCUAUCCAGGCAGUGUUAUUUGGAGGAGGUUGGUAUGGCAGCAAAAUGGACUUUACCUAUUUUUCCAGUUACAUUAGCAAUUAACUUGGACUCUUUUGUAUUUUCUAGUUAGACUGGAGGGGCUGCCAUCCCCUUUAAGGGGGCUUGGCUGCCGGCAAUGAGUUACACUCUGUUUUUCCGAGUAGAAAAAUCAGUACUUGGGCCCCAGGCUUCCGUGCUUCCACUAAAGAAGGCUUUUACCCGGAGUCCCCAGGGUUCUCCUCCUGGGGAGGGAAUCUCAGGUGAACCAACAGAAGGAGAUGCCCAUCUGUUGGAAUGACCUAAAAUAACAAGUCGUCUACCAGCGGAAACUAUUUUUCCUCUCUUUUUUCCCCAGUGGACAGGGACCAAUGGACUCUUUCCCCAUCCACCUACCCACCCAUCAAGUGACCUGGUAGUACUGAAGGAUGGGUGAGCCAGGCUACAGGACCUCAAGCUGAUUAUUUCCUCUGAUCAGUUGAGUUGAAUCUAAGUGAUUCUUUUGCUUUUAGUGCAAUUUAACUGUUCCAUGGAGGAAAAGAAAAGACUAUUUUUAACCAUGCUUCCUGAGGUUUGUUAAACUUAUAUGCACAUAUUUACUACCUCUUGGACUUAAAUUUACCUAGUGUGGAGUGGGUUUAGUUACAGACUGGGCUCUAGGCAUCUCCCCGUCUAGGGCAUCUUCCCUUCUUUCCUGGAUGUCAGUAGUGCAAGGGCUUUCUAGCGGAGGCACACCCGUCUGUAGCCUCUGGAGCAACUAAACCAAGAAGCUCAGACUCCAGCUGUGUUGCUGUACGCUGGGAUUUCACUAGUAGAAUAACUCUAGAGCCUGGAAUCUAAAGCCAGUGGUUUAGCUGCUCUAAACGGGGAGAGAAUGACUUGUUGGUAAUCAGAGGUCACCUUCAACUUCCCUCUCUAGGCUCCCCAAAUGGGCCUCUCUAUUCAGCUGGGGCAAUUGAACUCUUGUACUUCCAGCCCUGGCCACUCAGACCCACGAGAGAGACUGUUGUUAGGUAUUUUAGUUUUUCAUCAUACUGGAGAUUUUCUUGCAUCUUAGAUUAAAAAAUGAAAAAAACCAUAUAAUUUGUUCAUUGUGUUUUAUUUUUCUUGUUAAUUUACAUGAAAAUAUGGCAUUAACCCAUUGAAAUCAUAUUGUCAUUUACUUCCUGUUAACUUUCAGCUUUUGUUCGUGAUAAUUUUCAGUUAAAAGCCGUAAGAGAAGUCCAUUAAAAAGUACCUCCAAGACUGUUGAAUUUUUAUUAAAACUCAGAGUAUGAGUGUAUGUGCCCUAGGCAUUUGUAUGAUUCUUGAUUCUUCCCAUCUUCAGAAAAAUGUUCUUUUCCACCCUUUGUCUGCUGAGAGUACUUGCCCCUGUGUUCUUGCUCGCUCCUGUCUGUAAAGAGCACCUCUGAAGCCUGGAGGACUCACACUUGUAUUCUUGUUCUCCGCUAUCUCUCUGUAAAGGAGCACCUUUGUUGCUGAGAGCACUGAAACCUGUGCUCCUGCUCACUCCCAUUUCUGAAAAGGAACAAGGAGAUGACCUCCGUUAAAGCAGUCAGCAAUUGAGUCCUCUAUUUUGACUCAAAUUGAAUCCUCUUCUUUACUCAUUGGAACAUAGGCAAGUCCAGAAUUAACCUUCACUCACCUUUCCAAAAGGUGAGAUUGAUCACCAGAUAUCGUAGGAGACAGCAUCCUUCAGGAGCGGAGACUACAAUGAGACACUUCCUCCCUUUUUGAUGUAGUAAGUAAAUUUCUCUGACAUGAAAAAAUAGUGACUCCUUAUACUCCAUCUUACGGAUGAGGUAGAAUCAAAGUAGUUUUUCCUAAAGGGAACUCUCCUUCUCUAGAAGAUUUUGGAAACCACUUCAUCAGUGUACGGAGCAAAGUUCUUUUCUUGGGUGUGUUCAGUUGCCCUUAUGAAUAAAGAGCAGGUAAAAGGGAGCCACUUAGAUCCAGUAUCCUGUUGUGAUGAAACAAGCUUAGAAGAAAUAUCAGUCCAGCUUAGGUCUAAUAAGAUUUCUAAGUAGUAUGACUAGCAGCCUUAGGUGUUUGAUGUAAGUGUUUUUUUUUACAGUGCAGAAGAACUUACUCUGACUUCAAGUGACCGACAGGCUGAUCUUUUCUGUGCCUUCCGAGGUUGAGCUUGAUUGCAUUUUCAGAAAAUGUACUCAGGUUGAGCUUGUUAACUAGAAAGCAUGAAGUAUCAGGGCUCUCUCUCUCUGAAAGAGAGAGAGAGAGAGAGAGAGAGAGAGAGAUGAGCCAGACUAUAUUCUGGAGCAACCAAAACAGAAACAGGUGCAAGGCAUUGGAAAGGGAAUUGAAACCUAGUUGAUUGACAAAUCCAGCCUGGGAUUAGAGUGCAAUGACUGUAUUUUGGAGACUGUUCAAGUCACAAAACAAAACAAAAAAUAAAACAAAAGAUGAUCCUGGCCUUUGAAGUUCUCUCGAAUGGGUGAUGCACUGUGAAAUUAAUUUUAAAAAUCACCUCUAAAAAAGCCAAGAACUGCCCUUGGUUAACAUUUUAUUACCAAAUUCUGAAUUUUUAGUGUCUCUCUGGCACAUGUAGCACAUGUGCUGGGAUAAUCUACAAAUGAAAAUAUUUUGCGUUUUUUUUAUGAUCACUGAUGUUUACAGAUUUGCUCAGGUCGUUGUAUGUGAUGAAGAGCUUUGGCAGUUGUGGUUUUUAGUUGUUCCAAGUGGACAGUUGACAUAGCUAAAUUAACCUGGAGUUUGCAUGUGAGAAGAGGACUCGCAUUAACUAUUCUCUUAUUCCCAUUAUUUAAUGCAGCGUUCUUCCAGGUUCAUUUCAUCUUUCCAAAUAAAAUUGUUCCUGUCGUUUGGUUUCUGA